ACACACACACACACACACACACACGUCUGUUCUGAUCUCCAGCAGGAGACAUAAAAACGGCUCUCAAACCAUGUACAAGUUUCUUUCUCUGACACUGAUUUCACUGCUGACUGUUUUUGGGCAGUAUGUGAUCGCAGGAGGACGCUUCGAGCGAACCAUCAGCAGACCUUUCAGAUCUCUGCUGACGGUCCAUAACGGGUUGAGUUGGGGCUCGUGGGGUCAAAAGGAAAUGUGUCCGACUGGAAUGUACGCCACAGGCUUUAGUCUUAAGGUGGCAGGUAUGUGGGAAUCUCUUCAGUUUGGUGAUAACACAGCACUCAAUGGGAUUCGUCUUCACUGCAUCAACCCAUCCAAAAGCUCAUCGGGCCCAUACGAGGACUACGCCACAGUUCAGUCUGACGUAGGAAGCUGGGGAAAAUGGUCAGAUAUCAAAUGGUGCUCGAGUGGAUUUCUGUCAUCUUUUCAGCUGAGAGUGGAAACCUACCAAGGGACCUUGGACGACACGGCCGCAAACAAUAUCAGGUUUAACUGCAGUGGAAAUGCAGAAAUGCUGAAGGGAUCAGGGAUGUCGUGGGGCGAAUGGGGCGACUGGAGUGAGAAGUGUGGAGGAAAAGGAAUCUGUGGCAUUGAGACAUUGGUUGAGCAGCCGCAGGGAGUCGGAGACGACACGGCCCUCAAUGAUGUGCGCAUGCACUGCUGUGAUUGAACUGAUUGGUUGUUUCAGAAAUGAAUCAGUCGGUGGAAUUUAUUCAUGCAUCAUCAGCAAACCUACCUUCUAGUAGUGCUUAUCUAGUUUUGGGCAGAUCUAAGAGUGAGAGAUUUUUUCCCAUUCACAUUUAAUGCACAACAACGAAAACAGCUGUUAUGUUUUCCUCAGGUUUGUCAUGAGAUAAGUUUUGUGACUAGUUGUCCAUUUCCAUGAAGUUACUACAUGUGAUUCAUUAAAUGGAUGUUAUUAAAAAGGUGAAUUAUGACGUUUAUUUAGUGUUUCCUCAUGGGUCAGUUCUUACCUGGGUUAACUUAAAAAACGAGUUCCCUCAAAAAAUAAAAUAAAAUAAAUAUCGAAAUAAACAAAAA